CCUACUACACUGUAUUCCCUGCUUGCUCUCUUUCUCAUCACCAAGAGAAGAGAUAGAGAGAAAGGUAUGAAACUUUGCGCUCUAUAAUCUGCAAUGGUUUUCUUUAAUCCUUUCAUUUCAUUUUGAUUUUGUAUUCCUCUCUCAAAUCAGAUCAAAUCAGAUCAAAUCUUGCUCUUAGAUAUUCCUACUUGGUUUUGACCCAUAUGGUUUUCUCAUCUAAUUACGGGCUGGUUUCUGAUUCGAAACCCUAAGCUUAAUGUAAUUCAUAAUGGCUUCAAAGCUAGCUCAGUUGCAAUCGAAGGCUUGUCAUGCCUCAAAGUUUGUGUCUAAGCAUGGUGGUGCAUAUUACAAGCAGUUGUUAGAACAGAACAAGCAAUAUAUCCAGGAUCCACCCACUGUUGAGCAAUGCAAUCUUUUGUCCAAGCAAUUGCUUUACACUCGCCUCGCCAGCAUUCCUGUGCGUUAUGAAGCAUUUUGGAAGGAGCUUGAUUAUGCUAAGCACCUUUGGAAACACAGGCAGGAGUUGAAGGUUGAGGAUGCUGGCAUUGCUGCUCUGUUUGGGCUGGAGUGUUUUGCAUGGUACUGUGCUGGUGAGAUUGUUGGUCGAGGGUUUACUUUCACUGGCUACUAUGUCUAAGUGCUGCAACAAGCCGACACACCUCCGGAGUUGAACUGAUAAAGCUUGAGAUUCUGUUUUUCCCGUUCAUCUUGUUUGCAAUUGACCAUUGCAUAUAUACUAAAUUUGUUAUCCUUCAUAAAAAUUGAAAAACUAGGCCAGGAAAACUCGUUUCCGUGUCACCUUUUUCCUUGCAUUUUCGCUUAUGCCAUGCGGCUGUCCUUCAGGCUCUAUUCCUUCUGCUCAGAAUAACAUGUCUCUGAAAAAAAGAACUACAAGGAAAACAUUUUUCUUGAAGGUGAGUUAUUUUCUAGCA